GAACACGCGCUUUGGAAAGUUGCCAUUUUGACAUGUUUUCGUACGACAUCGAAGCGGAUCUGAAGGCAAGAGGGCGGCGCGUGACGUCGCAGGUCAGCUGACGGCUUUGUUUUGCUCGCCUUUCGGAACUCGCGUCGUCACUCUCAAAACAUAGAAGAAGGAAGCGAGCACGUCGGAACGUCAACAGCUCCCCUUUCCCAUUACCACACAGCUGCACGCGUCGUGUGCUCGUCAACGGCGGCCCAUUUGUUGUUUUGCUAACGUCGCCAUUUCUUUCCGUUGUUGUCGACUGGCACGACCGUUUUGACGCAGAAUGCCUUCAGAGAAAUCCUUCAAACAAAGAAGGACAUUCGAUCAAAGAGUAGAAGAUGUCCGACUGAUCCGGGAGCAACACCCUAACAAGAUACCUGUGAUUAUUGAGAGGUACAAAGGAGAAAAACAGCUCCCCAUCCUGGACAAGACCAAGUUCUUAGUGCCAGACCACGUCAAUAUGAGUGAACUCAUCAAGAUCAUAAGAAGGCGCCUCCAGCUCAAUUCCAACCAGGCUUUCUUCCUUCUGGUCAACGGCCACAGCAUGGUGUCAGUGUCAGCUGCUAUCUCGGAGGUGUAUGAGCGGGAGCGUGACCAAGAUGGCUUUCUCUACAUGGUGUACGCCUCCCAGGAGACCUUUGGCGCUGGCCCGACACCCCAGUGAUCCAUCAUCCAUCCUCACUGAUUCCCCUUGGCCAGCCAUUGAACAAAUGUAGUUUUGUUUGCUCUUUACCGUGUUCUUUCCCGUAAUAGCGCUCGCUGUCUUAUAGCCGCUUAAACGCGAUUCACUAAACGGAAAAGCCAAGUAGAGGUUUUUCUGUUUUGUGGGUUCUGACUGCACCACAGUCAGCCCCACACCCGUCUUUUAUGGGCCAUCUUUAUUCUUUGUCUCAUCCCUGCCAGCUCUCAAAGCAAUGUAGAAGUUAUUUCUGUCUUGUGGCUCGACGACUCUUAGACUUUCUUCUAAUCAUCUUUCUGUACAUUUCAGCUCGCAAUUUUACAUAAAAGCACUAUGGCUCCACCGUUAGAAACUGAACAAAAGCUAACAUUGAUUUUGAAGCUUUAUGGAGACAAGUGCGAGAGAGGUGGAGAAUCAAUAACAAUCAUUGAGGAAUUGCUCAAGUGGACUCCAUAGAAGAGGUGGAUCUCGCCUCCAGGUCCGAUCCAGGCGUGCCUUAAAGCAGCAUCAAGGGAUGACUUGACUCCACACCGGUUGCAAAAAGAUGUUUGAUUGCAUAGAGCCGUACACUUAAGCUUUGCCAUCAUGUUGUAAAUAAUGUCACAUUCAGAGUAAAAAUCCAGCAUAAAGCAAAGUUCAGGGAGUGUAGUCGGUUAGUCGAGAUAGGCUCUGGCACUCCUGUGACCCCUUGUGAGGAUAAGCAGCUUGGGAAAUGGACAUAAAGCACGUGUCUACUCGGUCAUUGGCAACUUGUCUGUCACAGUAAUGGCAUCGUGAUGCGCCUCAAUGUUGUGUGUUAGUUGCAUCCUUGGGUCUGAAUACCCCCUCUCCCCCCCCCACCACCACCACCACCAC